AUGGAGGUACAUGCCGACGGAAUUAUCACUCUCGGAAAACAAACUUUCUCCCAAGCUGCACUACGACACAGGAAAUUUCCAUUUCCGCCUAAUGUCCCAUCCAUAGCAGUGUUCUACGCACCCAUUGAAGUGAAAAACGCCAGUGAAGUAUUUUACAGAGAAACUAGAAACGAGAGCAUCGUCAAGAAAGCAACGGACCAAGUUCGAGUGAGUUUUGUCAGAGAGAAAGAUUUCCUCGCCACGAGUGCUUUCAUCGCUACGUGGAAGAAUGUGGCGCAUGCAGAUGGCAAGUUUCCUAACAAGACGAACACGUUCCAGGUUGUCCUCGUAACAGACAACAAGAAUACAUUCAGUCUGUUCCACUAUAAAUACGAUGGACUGCAGUGGAUCAAAGGUUAUCAUGUGCGUUACCAGGGCGGGAGAUUUCUCGAUGCACAAGUUGGCUUCAGCGCUGGGGAUCAAGUGAGGUACAGUAACGGUAUCUAA